CCCACAUCGCUUCCCCACCGCUCACUCUCGCUUUCACAAGCCGAGUCAACAACUAUCAUGCCUGGUGGUCCCGCUGCAUCCGGCCCCGGCCUCGGUGCCAAUGCACCAAAGAGCAAGGUCGCCGGCAUCGUCAUGGUCUCCUUCGCCGCCUUCGCUGGUAUCCUCUUCGGUUAUGACACAGGAACCAUCUCUGGUAUCACGGCCAUGAAGGACUUCCUCCGUCUUUACGGCAAGCCCACCACUGACUUUGCCAACCACCCCACCGGCUACGCUAUCACCUCCGCCCAGCAGUCUCUCGUCACCUCCAUCCUCUCCGCGGGUACCUUCUUUGGUGCGCUCUUCGGUGCGUACGUCGCCGAUAAGCUAGGCCGUCGCGGCGGCGUCUUCCUCGCCACCGCCGUCUUCUCCCUCGGCGUCGCGCUCCAGACCGGCUCCCACCAGUGGGCCGCCUUCAUCAUCGGCCGUGUCUUCGCCGGUCUCGGCGUCGGCCUCGUCUCGGUCCUCAUCCCCAUGUACCAGUCCGAGUGCUCGCCCAAGUGGAUCCGUGGUGCCGUCGUCUCGGGCUACCAGUGGGCGAUCACGAUCGGCCUCCUCCUCGCCUCGGUCGUCAACAACGCCACCAAGGACCGCGACGAUCACUCGGCAUGGCGGAUCCCCACCGGCGUCCAGCUCAUCUGGGCGUUCAUCCUCACCGUCGGCAUGUUCUGGCUGCCCGAGUCCCCUCGUUUCCUGAUCAAACAGGGACGCGACGCAGCUGCUGCCAAGUCGUUCUCCCGCCUCACGUCACUUGACCCCUCCGACCCUGAGAUCGAGGUCGAACUCAACGACAUCCGCGCAAACCUCAAGGAGGAGCAGGAGCUCGGCGAGAGCAGCUACAUUGACUGUUUCCGGCCCAGCCACAACAAGAUCGCCCUCCGUACCCUCUCCGGUAUCUUCAUCCAGGCGUGGCAGCAGCUCACCGGUAUCAACUUCAUCUUCUAUUACGGCACGACCUUCUUCGCCAACUCGGGCAUCAAAAAUCCCUUCCUGACUUCGGUGGCGACCAACAUCGUCAACGUGUUCAUGACUCUCCCCGGCAUGUGGGGUAUCGAGCGUUUCGGCCGUCGCCCACUGCUCAUCUGGGGUGCCGUCGUGAUGUGCAUCUGCGAGUUCCUCGUCGCGAUCAUCGGCGUCACCAUCUCGGUGAACAACUCGUCCGGUCAGAAAGCCCUCGUCGCGCUCGUGUGCAUCUACAUCGCCGCGUUCGCCUCGACCUGGGGUCCCAUCGCCUGGGUCGUCGUCGGCGAGAUCUUCCCGCUCAACGUCCGUGCCAAGGCCAUGUCCCUCGCCGUCGCGUCCAACUGGCUCUGGAACUUCGGUAUCGGCUACGCCACGCCCUUCCUCGUCAACUCCGGCCCGGGCAACGCCGACCUCCAGGCCAAGGUGUUCUUCGUCUGGGGCUCGACCUGCGCGUGCUGCGUCGUCUUUGCCUUCUUCUGCAUCCCCGAGACCAAGGGCCUCUCGCUCGAGCAGGUCGACCUCCUCUACCAGAACUCGACGCCUCUCACCUCGGCGCGCUACCGUCGCGAGAUCGUCGCGAACGAUGUUCACGCCGCGGAUCUCGCAGCGGGCCAGCACCACCUGCACGUCGACGAGAAGGACGAAAAGGUCUGAGCGGCCGUUGCCUCCCCCCUUCCCCCCCUCCUCUCCGCCCUCGCCCCCACACAUUUCUCAUUGGGGCUCGGCGUUGUACGACUAGUUAUUAUUCCACACGCGCACAGAGACACCCCACCCCCCGCUUCGCCACAUUGUUGUUUCUACGAGUAUAACGUAGGCAUGUAGCAACGACGCCCGUUCAUGACCUUUCGAUGCAUUGGUACAUAAUGAAUAAUCUCAUCUCUAUCGCAUCUC